AGUCCUCCGUUUUACAGAUGAGGAAACUGAGGCGGAGGGAAGUCGAUGAGCUGUCAAGAGCAAACAGCGGGUUACUGACAGCUCGCACUAGAAGCCAGGCUUCCCCCUGCAUCAGCUUUUGCGGUGGACUUUUUUCUGUUCGUACCCUAUUCUUUGCCUCCCGAGGUGAAAUGGAGUGGAUCAACGGGACCCAGUUACAAGAGGAAGCUGCAGAUACUUGUUCCGUCUGCUGAGAGAUCUUAGUAUCCUGUUAGGUGGCAUAAGGACCUAAUAUAAUCCACUUCAUUGGUUAAUAGUUGCCAAGCCACAAAUAGCUGAAGGUUCUUUCCCAUAAGUCACAUCUCACACGUUGACAUUCCGAGACAUUUAUCGAAUUUUUAAAGUUCCAUCCUACGUGUCCCAAACGAGCUGUUUACUAGUCCUUCUGAAUAAGGGAGUUUGAUUGGAUGGUUGACCGUCUUUUAGCUAACACAGAAAACAGAUGAGUCUAUAAUACGAUGCAGCUGAGGGCUGUUGUCCAGGCCUGGAUUCCUCAGAGUUCCUGGGAGAGCCAGCUACUCCUUGGAUGGAUUGGUGUAGAUCCUCUGCCCCUACGUGGACAGACACAGCCCCAGCUCCUGCUGUUUCUCAUCCGUGUCAUCCCCCUCCCCCCAUAAGAGUAAGUUAAUAGCUUAGACUCCGGGAGAUAACCUAAGCUUUCAGAGUAAAUCCAUCCCUUUCUUCCACCUUAAGAGGUUGCCCUUUAUACAUGCAGUCAUGUUACUGUCCCAGGAAAGCAGUCUGCUUUUGGAUGUGUUUUUCCUGAGUCUGUGCUCAGCUGUGCCCACUUUCAUGUGAUGCCUGCUUUCAUGAGAUAGAUGGUCUAAUUAGCAGGGUCACCUUGCCCCCUCACCUGUCAAACUGAGUUUAUACUGUUUUUUGUUGUUUUUUUUUUUUUUGAGUUUAUAUCCUUGAGCUACAAAUCCCCUGGAGGCUCUGGCCUGCCGAGAUGUGAAGAAUUCACCAGUGUUUCUCUACACUUAGUGCUAAAAGGGUAUCAAGUGGAAAAACCUCCUACUACUCCCUGAAAGUAAAGGCCUCGUCUACCAGUAGUUCACACUUUAUUGCUCCUGUCCUGUGCAUAUCCCAUGAGCCACUGGGUGGCUAGAACUGGGCUAGAACCAAGGAGCUAAGAGAGAAAAUCCCGGGCAAGGUUUGGGGGAAAUAGGUCACAGUGGCUGGGUGGUGAGGUCACAGAGAUGUUUGUCUGACCCAGACUCCAUGGGGGUGGGGCCUAGGAGGCAAAGGGGCCCCAGAGGUUCCCCAAGCCCAGGCAGGGGCCAUGGUGUGGGAAAAGCAGCAGGGACAAAGGCCAGGGAGCUGAGUACAAGGGGCCAAGGGGCCCGGAGAGAUGAGGGCAGGAGCAGGGAGGGGGCAGUCAGAAUGGUGAGGAGAAGCCGGAGACGGAAGCUGCAAAAAGUCACCGGGCUCUGCAGACUGGAGGAGGGGCUCAGGGUGAAGCGGAGCUGCCCUUCAUGUGGCCCAGAGCCUGGGGGUGAAGAGAAGAAGAGGAGAGGAAAACCUACAUCUGUUCAGUUGUUCCCCCCAGAGCUGGUGGACCACAUCAUCUCAUUCCUCCCAGUCAGAGAUGUAGUCUCUCUAGGCCAGACCUGCCACUACCUCCACGAAGUGUGCGACUCUGAGGGCGUGUGGAGACGCAUGUGUCACCGGCUCAGUCCUCGCCUUCGAAAGCAGGGUUCUGGCGUCCGGCCCUGGAAGAGAGCUGCGAUUCUGAACUACACGAAGGGCCUGUAUUUCCAGGCAUUUGGGGGCCGCCACCGCUGUCUCAGCAAGACUGUAGCCCCUGUGCUGGCGCAUGGCUACCGCCGCUUCUUGCCCACCAAGGACCACAUCUUCAUUCUUGACUACACGGGGACCCUCUUCUUCCUCAAAAAUGCCCUGGUCUCCUCCACCCUUGGCCAGAUCCAGUGGAAGCGGGCCUGCCGCUAUGUUUUGUUGUGUCGCGGAGCCAAGGAUUUUGCCUCGGACCCGAGAGGUGACACAGUUUACCGUAAAUACCUCUACGUGUUGGCCACUCAGGAGCAGCCGGAAGUGGUGGGCACAACCCACAGCCAGUCCUGUGACUGUGUCGAGGUCUACCUGCAGUCCAACGGGCAGCGGGUCUUCAAGAUGACCUUCCACCACUCCAUGAGCUUCAAACAGAUUGUGCUGGUUGGUCAGGAGACCCAGCGGGCCCUGCUGCUCCUCACAGAGGAAGGAAAGAUCUACUCUUUGGUAGUGAAUGAAACCCAGCUGGACCAGCCACGCUCCUAUACAGUUCAGCUGGCCUUGAGGAAGGUGUCCCGUUGCCUCCCUCACCUGCGUGUGGCCUGCAUGGCUUCCAACCAGAGCAGUACUCUCUACAUUACGGACCAGGGGGGAGUGUAUUUUGAGGUGCAUACCCCAGGGGUGUAUCGUGAUCUCUUUGGGACCCUUCAAGCCUUUGACCCCACGGACCAGCAGAUGCCGCUUGCGCUCUCACUGCCUGCCAAGGUCCUAUUCUGUGCUCUUGGCUACAAUCACCUUGGCCUGGUGGAUGAAUUUGGCCGAAUCUUUAUGCAGGGAAAUAACAGAUAUGGGCAGCUGGGAACCGGGGACAAAAUGGACCGAGGGGAACCCACACAGGUACAUUAUCCGCAGCGCCCCGUCGCCCUGUGGUGUGGCCUCAACCACUCCCUGGUGCUGAGCCAGGGCUCAGACUUCAGCAAGGAGCUGCUGGGCUGUGGAUGUGGGGCCGGAGGCCGCCUGCCAGGCUGGCCUAAGGGAAGUGCCUCCUUCGUUAAGCUCCACAUCAAGGUCCCUUUGUGUGCCUGCUCCCUCUGUUCUACCAGGGAGUGCCUCUACGUGCUGUCCAGCCAUGACAUCGAGCACCAUCCCGCCUACCGGGACCUACCAGCCAGCAGGGUGGCGGGGACCCCCGAGCCCAGCCUGGGGGCCGGAGCAGCCCAGGACCCUGGGGGGGCGGUGGCCCGGGCCUGUGAGCAGUACCUCAGCCAGAUCCACAGUUGCCCCACGUUGCAGGACCGCAUGGAAAAGAUGAAGGAGGCCGUGGGCCGGAUGCCCUUGAUGGCUGCACAGAAGGAUUUCUUCUGGGAGGCCCUGGACAUGCUGCAGAGGGCUGCUGGAGGGGUUGGCCAAGGCCCCCCAGCACCUGACAGCUGACCCCCUCUCCUGGUCUCACCCCUGGAGGGAGGGUCUGGCCCUGGGCCAGGGGCUAAGGAGAGGUGGAAUGACAGCAAUGAAUGCUGUGUGUGUGUGUGCGUGGGGAGGGGGAUGCAGUGGGCUAGGGCCUGCUAGACAUGCCAGGGUGGGCCAGGAACUGUUCUGUAAAAUGUUCAGGGGGCUGCCCAGGAGGGGCCCCCAACCUGACUAUCAUGGACAAAAGAUUUGAUGGACAAAUAGAAUAAAGGCUGAAGUGAGGCCCGGUUUGUAACCCUGGGGCCUGGGAGGAACGUGGGGUGGGCAGGCAGAGUGGACGCAGCUCUGGCUGUCAGUUGCUGCAGAGCUGACAGCACCUGGAUCCUUCAGCUUCCUUCUCCCGCCAACGCUAAGACCUGAUGCCUACUUGGUUCCCCCACUUGGAUCCUCUGUCCAUCAGACUGAGGAAGGGGCUUCCUCUGACUUCAGGAUGCUUCCUACCCAUUUCCCUUUAUCCCUGUGAAGCCAACCACCCCCACCCCAACCCCGCCCCCGCUCUCCUCCUCCUGUUUC